GAUCCCUGCUGCUUAUGUCAUCAAUUCUGCCGCCAUUUGCAGUGGGGCCUCAGAAAAAAAGUUAGACCGCCCAGCCUGAACGUUCCAGCGCCGGUGGUCGAAAAAAGUUCAACUCGGAGUGCACUGAAGCGCAUCCCACGAUCAAGUAAUUCCACCCCAGCCAUUGCCAAAAGCAUUGGCCAGACGUUCUUAUCGAAGCCCAGCGUCAAGCUUUUACGCUCGGUCUCUCAUCCUACCAGAAACCAUCUACCCAGCUCGAUAUCUUAUAGUGCUACCACAUCCACACAAUGUCGACCAAGCGUAAAGCGCCCGGCAAGUUGGCGCCCCCAACAAUCAAAGCGAGCGCCAAGAAGGGAGCCCGAAGCGCCAUUGAUGAGUCAAAAGCCACAGUGGGAGACACAGAUCUCCUGUCGGCGUCGCAACAGGAGAUGAUAGAGAUAUCUUCCGACGCCGACAGCGAUGACGACGAAGACAUGUCCGACGUUGAGGGGGAGGAACAGCACAAGACAGCACAAUCCAACGGGAAACGCGCCACGCCCAAAGUCAACGGCAACAAGUCAAACGACCUGCCAACGCCAGAUGCUGAGGAGCGCGACGAGUCAGAAGACGAAGAGGCGACAUCUCCCUCCUUUGGAGAGCUUCUCCGCAGCAACGCCGACGGGAUCGACGUGACGGCCAUGCUCCACGCAAACACGACCGGUGCUGCGGCAGCGCAACGUUCCCGCACAGCCAUUGCGCCCCCGAGUCACCAGUCCCUCACCACCGUCCUCACACAAGCGCUCCGAACAGACGACACCGACCUCCUCGAGUCGUGUCUUCACACCACCGAUCUCAACACCAUUCGCAACACAAUCGAGAACAUUGACAGCACCCUCGCGGGCACUCUUCUGACGAGGCUGGCGGCGCGGUUACACAGACGGCCUGGUCGGGCCGGCACGCUCAUGACGUGGGUGCAAUGGACGCUGAUUGCGCACGGCGGUGCACUCGCCUCGCAACCCAAGGUCAUCAACGACCUCAGCGGACUGCAAAAGGUGCUAGCGGAGCGCUCAAAGGGUCUGAACAGCCUGCUCGCGUUGAAGGGCAAGCUGGAUCUCCUCGAGGGCCAGAUGAACAUGCGACGGAAGAUGCAGCGCACGGGGGCGAUCCGUGAGGACGAUUCGGAUGACGAGGACGAGAACGUCGUCUGGGUUGAGGGCGAGACGAGGGAGAAGGACGCCGCCAAUGGCAUUGCCGCCGGGAGAAAGGGGCUUGGGGAGGAAGAUGAGGACGAUGAGCCCGUGCUCAACGGCGUCAUGGGCGACUCAAGCGACGAGGAGGACGAUGAAGUCGAGGAAGAUGACGAGGAUGAGGAGGGCGAGGAGUCGCUGGGUGAGGAUGAGGUUGAUCACGACGAUGUGGACGAGUCCAUGGGCGAGGAUGAGGACAGUGACGUCGAGGCGGCACCGCCUGCCAAGGUGCAGAAGGUCGGCAAGGCGCUUGGCAAAAGAAAGUGAAGAAGGGAGGAGGUUUUUGCAUGCAUGCAUUCACGUACAUACAUUGUAUACACGGCGUUGCGGUCUAGAUCUGGAUAUGGAGUCAUCAAGCCAAAGUUCUGGAUUAUGUAUGUCUUCCCUGCCGUAUGAAAGAGGGUAGCAACGUCAGGCAUCUGUGUUCGUGUCUUAUAGAAAGUAAGAAGGGGAAAACUGAGCGCUC